CGGUUUCCGCAGGCGGCGCGGGGCGAUGGAGACGAUCCUGGAGCAGCAGCGGCGCUACCACGAGGAGCGCGAGCGGCUCAUGGACGUCAUGGUCAAGGAGAUGCUCACCAAGAAGUCCACGCUCCGCGACCAGAUCAACUCGGACCACCGGACCCGGGCGAUGCAGGACAGGUACAUGGAGGUGAGCGGCAACCUGCGCGACCUCUACGACGACAAGGACGGCUUGCGAAAGGAGGAACUCAGUGCCAUUUCAGGGCCAAACGAGUUUGCAGAAUUCUACAACAGGCUAAAGCAGAUUAAGGAGUUUCAUCGAAAGCACCCAAAUGAGAUCUGUAUUCCAAUGUCACUGGAAUUUGAGGAACUGCUGAAGGCCAAAGACAACCCAAGUGAAGAGGCGCAGAAUCUGGUGGAGUUCACAGAUGAGGAAGGGUACGGACGAUACCUAGAUCUGCACGAUUGUUAUCUCAAAUACAUUAAUCUGAAGUCGUCAGAGAAACUUGAUUAUAUCACUUACUUAUCCACAUUUGACCAACUCUUCGAUAUUCCCAAAGAGAGAAAAAAUGCUGAAUAUAAGAGGUACCUUGAAAUGCUUCUCGAGUACCUGCAGGAGUACACUGAUCGUGUGAAACCAUUGCUGGACCAGAAUGAGCUUUUUGGGAAAAUUCAGACUGAGUUUGAGAAGAAGUGGGAAAACGGAACCUUCCCUGGCUGGCCGAAAGAGACCAGCAGUGCGCUCACUCAUGCUGGAGCCCACCUGGAUCUCUCAGCGUUUUCCUCUUGGGAGGAAUUGGCCUCCCUGGGACUGGACAGGUUAAAGUCAGCUUUGUUGGCCCUGGGUCUGAAAUGUGGCGGGACCCUGGAAGAGCGCGCUCAGAGGCUUUUUAGCACUAAAGGCAAAUCCCUGGAGGCACUUGAUCCUUCCUUGUUUGCCAAGAAUCCCAAGACAAAAGGAAGCAAAAGAGAUACUGAAAGAAAUAAAGAUCUUGCAUUCCUGGAAGCUCAGAUAUAUGAAUAUGUAGAAGUGCUUGGGGAACAGAGACACCUUACUCAUGAGAAUGUGCAGCGUAAGCAAGCACGGACAGGAGAAGAGAGAGAGGAGGAGGAGGAAGAGCAGAUCAGUGAGAGUGAGAGUGAAGAUGAAGAAAAUGAAAUAAUUUAUAAUCCUAAAAAUUUGCCUCUUGGUUGGGAUGGCAAGCCAAUCCCUUACUGGUUGUAUAAAUUACAUGGUUUGAACAUCAACUACAAUUGUGAGAUUUGUGGUAACUACACGUACCGAGGUCCCAAGGCUUUCCAGCGUCACUUUGCAGAAUGGCGACACGCGCAUGGAAUGAGAUGCCUGGGCAUUCCCAACACUGCUCACUUUGCCAAUGUCACACAGAUCGAGGAUGCUGUCUCAUGUAAGCAACAAGGCUUUUCUUUGCACAGAACAGGGAACGUGUGGCAUAAAAAUGGCCUUAUGAGCUCUGACCAAAAAUUCGUUUUACUUCCACGAGCAGAGAUUAACUCUGUAAAGGAGUGUCAGAAACAGGAUAUGUGGGAGAUGAUCCUUUCUUAGAUCAUCCCUUUCUGCUUUUUCAAGGGAAUGGCUUGUUUCUCCUUGGAUACUUUUAUGAGCAGAUGCUUGUUAGAACUGCUGGCAGUGUUUAUUCACUGCCAAGUAUUUUACCUGUGAUAUUUCACGUAUGGAAUCUCAGCCAAGCGUAAUGGACAGGAUUUCUUCAGACAAAGGGUGGCUGCGUUGUCCUCCAAUGUCUACAACUUAGUUGGUGUGUCCAUCACCAUCUAUCUUCCUGGGUAAGCUGGAAAAACAUUCAGAAAGGAUAGAACCUAUAGGGAGAAUUUUGGAGCCUACAGGACUUAGUACU